GUAACCAUGGCGACGGUGCAGGAGGCGGAGGUGCUGGAGAAUCGCCUGAGCAUGGAGGACUUCAUCAGCAUGCACCGUCUGUUUCAGUCAUCCGACGGCUCCACAGUGGUGAUGCAGCGGGCGGAGUUUGUUGACCGCUUCUGCUCUGCGAUUGGUCGGGGCUCCCGGGAGGAAUACGAACGUCUUUUUGACAGUGUGGACGUAUCCAGGGACGGCUGGUUAGACUGGGAUCGACUGGCAUCUUACCUUCUUCUGGGGCUUUCAGAGAAAGAGGAGCUGACCGUGAUGUCCGCAGUGCCACGCUGGUCCUCGCCCCGACUCUUAUCCAACCCACACAAAGGGCCAAUCCAGAGCCUGGCACAGCUGAGUGGUGGACGCUACCUGAGCAUUAGUAAGGAGGGCAUGAUGGGAGUGUGGGCGGAGAACCUGACCCUGCUGAAGAGUCACCGUCUUCAUAAUGACUCGGUCAAACUUAAAGACCUCUGGGUAACGGGGAUGGUGGUCAUGCCCAAUGUCCACAAGGUCGCUGUUUCCUUCACCAGUAAAGAGAUCUGCUUUUACGAUCUGCUCUCCAAACCAGAGUUCAGUUGUCAGUAUAAAGUUCUGGGGUUGCGCCACACCCCCAUCUGCCUCCAUUACUGGUACAAUUCAGAGAGACCUGAACACUCUGUGCUCAGCUUUGGAGACGUAGCAGGACAGGUGAGCGCAGUGUGUUUCAGGUCAGCUCUGGUCUCUCUGUUUGAGAGGCCGAGUGCUGGAGUGGAUCAGAACACCGUCGUUACCAUCAGCUGGACGGAACUUCAGCAAAAUCACCAUCGCUGCUGUUACACCGUCACACACAGCGGUCAUCACACACACUGGGUCAGGAACGUGCGGUUCCUGGGGCCGUUGGAGGCGCUGGUCUCCUGCAGCGCUUCCUCUCAGAGCAGCAUGGUGAUUGCAUGGAGAGAAUCAGAGACCCGCCCACUCCGAAUCACCACCUUCCACACCGAGAAGGGAAUCCUGGAUCUGGAUUAUCAUCCGGGACUCAACCUCGUCGCCACAGCAGGUAUAAACAACCAGGUGCGUCUGUGGAACCCAUACCUGGUCUCCAAACCUGUGGGAAUCCUGCAAGGUCAUGUAACCAGUGUGGUGGCAGUGCAGUUCAUGCUGGGAAGGAAACAGCUCAUCAGCUUCUCCAAAGACAAGGUGUUGAGGGUGUGGGACGUGUCCACCCAGCUGUGCAUCCAGCGUGUAGCGGGACUCUUCCCAAAAACGCGGGAGUGUAGGACACUCUUGUUCUUCCAUGAGGACCGAUGGCGUUUACUCCUGUCGUUCAACAGCGAUCUGUGGUUUCUCCAGCUGCACAAAGAGGAGAAGAGAAAAAGAAUGAGCCACGAAUGUGUCGUAACCUGCGUCCUCUACAACCCCCUGUUCAAACAGGUGAUCAGCAGUGAUGUGAACUCUGGAGUGACGUUCUGGCUCAUCGACACGGGACAGAAAGUCAAACACUUUCCCCGUUGCCAUGGUGAUGCAGCAAUUUCCACCAUGGCGUUGGACAAGACUCAGAUGCAGCUCUUUACCGGAGGCACAGACGGCGUGGUUAUGGUUUGGGAUUUUAAUGGCCACUGUCUCCACAAACUGAAUGUAGGUGGAAAUGUGGAAGUGGAAAUCACACAGAUCCUGCUGCUGAAGACGAAAGUUUUAGUGUUUGACUGGGACAGGAUGAUUGGUGUAUUCAGGAUGAACGCUUUCUCUCAGUACUAUGUUCAGAUGUCCGAGUGGAGAGGAGGAGUUCAGCAUCGUGAUGAUGUUCUGUGUGCUGCUUUUCAUCCACCUCAAACUUUAGUGACUGGCAGCAGGGACGGUGAGAUUAUAGUGUGGAACAACAACACUGAAAACGUUCUGCACAAACUGAAAACUCCCACACAGCAUUCAGACCUGAAGUCCAACUCAGAUAAUGCACUAUAUAAAUCCAGCACACCAAAAGGCAAACAGACGUCAGUGAAUUCUGCAUCCGGAGUGAACUGUAGCGCCCCUGGUGGUAAAGAGGACUCAGAGAACUAUGCCUUCACCAGACUGGCAUUUCUGGAAGGAAGAAAAGAAGCAACAGCGACAGGUGGAGCUGAUCUGGUGUCGUGUGGAGGUUCCGGUGUGGUUUGUAUUUGGAGUACCACAUGUUCUCGGUUAGUCGGGGAGUUCGUGGCCCAUAAAGACUCCAGCUCCAUCACAAUGACCGUGGACAGUGGUGGACGUUACCUGGUCACAGGGGACAUGGACGGAGCUCUAAAAGUGUGGGAUGUCCAGGGUUACUGUCUCUACCCCUCCGAGGACGUGACCACCCAGCCACCAGCACUUCUCUCCAGUCUCCACCCUCACACCAACUGUAUCACUCACCUGGAGACGUGCAGCCACGACAGCCGCCUGUUUCUUCUCAGCGCCUCGGCUGAUUGCACCGUGGCACUCAGUUUCCUGCCAGGAGGAACAAUUGGCACAUUCGGACAAGGACGACACUGGAACCUGGCAUCAAUAAGUCAGGUGUUUCAGAGGGAGGAGCAGGAUGUGGGUACACAUGUUCCCUCAGAGGGUGAGAAACAAAACGUUCAGCAGGAACCACGACCUGAACCAAAACCAGAGGAGGAACCAGAUCUGAACCACUCAGUGCAACUCAGUAACCCUGGUAAUGAUGUCACUCCACGCGGGCAGGGCUUUGUGGACGGACUGGGUCAGCAGCAGCGUGACAGCAAAUCCCAUCAGCAUGUGAACGGUGUUCACAAACCCUCCAUCGGGAGGCUCAGUGAUCUGCGACUGGAGAAACUGGAACCAGUGGAACAGCUGCGCAAACCAGACUUCAUCUUCAAUCCUCAUUUAUAUUUUGGCAAGAUGUGGGAUUCACCAACUCCAACUCCACCUGCACUUCCUGCCACAGAGGAGGCAGGACACAAAGCCGUGUUUGACGAGAAGAAUCUGUUUCCUAAAGACGUUCUGGAGAAGGUGGAAAGAUCUCAGUGUUGCACUCAGACGGUGAACGUGAUGAGGAGUUAUGGCAGAGCCACCAGGAGCUUUGGAAAAACUAAAUCAUCCUCUGGAGCCCACAAAACCAAAUGAUGAUCCUUUCAUUUAAGGGAGGAGGAGGGAAUUAUGUAAAUGCUUUUUAAAAGAGAGAUUCAGGAAUAUUCUUCACACGUUCCAACAGCAAACAGUCAGGUCAAAGUUCAGGGUAAAAAUGUCUGUGUUGCGGCUCUGGGAUCUGCAGAUGGAAGAGAAACAAACCCGGUUGGCAUGUGAAAUUUCACCAGACGUUCUGCUGACCUGUGUAUCACGUAUGUAAUAACCUUCAGGUGUUCUAAGCAUCUCUGACUUAUGUGUUUUUGGAUUAUGACCACUCUUCUGAAAAGACUUUGAAGUAUGUUUGAGAGAAUUUGUAUGACUGGGCAUUGAUGUUGGUCAAGAAAUCCUCAAGUAAUGUUCCAGUUAAUUCCAAAAGUUUCAUUGUUUUGAUCUUUUAUGUAAAAUAUGAGCAACAAUAGCUGCUUUACUAGCUGAAAUUAAUUAAUAAAUAAUAAUAAUAAUAAUCUAGGGUCGAUGGAUCAGCCAUAACAUUAAAACCACCUCCUUGUUUCUACACUCACUGUCCAUUUUAUCAGCUCCACUUACCAUAUAGAAGCACUUUGUAGUUCUACAAUUACUGACUGUAGUCCAUCUAUUUCUCUACAUACAUUUUUAGCCUGCUUUCACCCUGUUCUUCAAUGUUCAGGACCCCCACAGGACCACCACAGAGCAGGUAUUAUUUAGGUGGUGGAUCAUUCUCAGCACUGCAGUGACACUGACAUGGUGGUGGUGUGUUAGUGUGUGUUGUGCUGGUAUGAGUGGAUCAGACACAGCAGCGCUGCUGGAGUUUUUGAAAAUAUUGUGUCCACUUACUGUCCACUAUAUUAGACACUCCCACCUAGUUGGUCCACCUUAGAAGAGAAACCACUGCUUUCCCCUUGUAAUAAUUCUGACUGUAUUGCUAUAAUGUAGUGUUAAGGUUGCUGUGUUGCAGCACAUACCACAUCUUGCUUUUUCUUUGUCGAAUUUCAUAUAAAAAUGAAGUUGUGAGGUGAGAAGAACUAAUUAGAUAAAAUAAAGAUGUGAAUUGCAUGAUGAUACCUGUGUGCUGCAUGGUUUCAUCUCAAACCACUGAAUCCUGUUGCCAUGGAAGCUGAAGGACUUUCACACGAGUGUUCAUUAAUUAGUAAAAUGUAAAUUAAAAUUUAACAAACA